AUGUCGUCCUCGGAACCACACCAGGCGGGUGCUGACUCGACAUCGUCGGCAGAGCCGCUGCCCAACAACGAGUCAACGACAUUCACAUCGGCGAGCCCGCACCCCAACAAUCCCUACUCCUCCUCUCGCUCCGCCGCCGCCAACAACACCAACAGCGUCACGCAGCGCCCCAAGCGCGCCACCAUCGCCGCGUCCGAACCCGACAUGCUCGAAAAGGGCCAGGCGGCUUCGUCCAACGAGGACAGCUCGGCGGUGACGCGCAUCGUCUCGUCCGAGCCAUCCACAAAGCGUGGCAUCGACCGCGACCAGUCGUCCAUCCGCGAGGGUCUCGGAGGCCCUUUUGCUGGCCCACCACGCCGAGCCACGAUGGAGUCGAGACACACGCUGCGUCGCUCCUUUACCGAGCUUUUCACGCCCGAGCAUCGCCUUGCGAAGGCACCCAACACCUUGGUCAGUCUCAAGAACAUGCUGUUGGGUUCGUUCCUCAACAUCUUCCUCGUCUUUAUCCCAAUCUCAUGGGCGCUACGCUUUGCACUCGACCAGGGUGUCUUCAAGAAUGGUCUGGCGGUGUUUAUCACCUCGUUCCUGGCCAUCAUGCCGCUAGCAACCAUCCUGUCACAAGCGACUGAGGAAGUGUCGCUACGUGUUGGUGAGACCAUCGGUGGUCUCAUCAAUGCGUCGCUCGGCAAUGCGGUCGAAUUGAUCGUCGCGAUCGUAUCGCUUUUCAACUGCGAGCUGAUCAUCACCCAGACGUCGCUGCUCGGCUCCAUACUCUCCAACCUGCUGCUCGUGCUCGGCACGUGCUUCUUCGCCGGCGGCCUGCGUGUCAAGGAGCAGGUCUUCCUCGAAGCGCCCGCGCAGCUCAACACCUCGCUCCUCAUGAUGGCUGUCAUCUCGCUCGUCAUCCCCUCCGCCUUCCACGCCGUGUUGGGCGCCAUUCCGGACAGCACAGAAAGGCCCGACAUCCUCAAGUUCAGCCGCGGCGUCUCGGUGCUGCUGCUACUCAUCUACAUUGGAUUCUUGAUUUUCAGCCUGGCGUCGCACAAGGAGUUCUUCGAGGACACCAACGAUGACGACGAGGAGGAACAGCCGCAGAUGAACAUGACGUCGGUCAUCAUCACGCUCGUCGUGGUCACGGUGCUCAUCGGCGUUACGUCUCAGUGGCUUGUGACCGCGAUCGACGUGGUGGUUUCGCCCGGCGGAAUUUCGAGGACAUGGAUCGGACUGGUUCUCUUGCCCAUCGCGAGCAACGCGACCGAGCAUCUGGCGGCGGUGAUCUUUGCGUGGAAGAACAAGAUCCAGAUGGCGAGCUCGAUCGCGAUUGGCUCGUCCAUCCAGAUUGCGCUCUUUGUGAUUCCGCUGCUGGUGCUCAUCGCGUGGAUGGGCGACAGGCCGCUCACGCUGCUGUUUGAUCCGUUUGCCACCAUCUUGCUCUUCCUCACGGUGCUCAUCGUCAAUUUUGCCAUCGCCGACAACAGGAGCAACUACCUCGAGGGCUUUGUGCUCAUCAUGGUCUACCUUAUUGUUGCGCUCACCGUUUGGUUUGUCCCGGACAACCUCGCCGACUCGCUCUUUUCCGACGAGUACUGCCACGCGCGAUGA